GCAGAUGUGUGUGUGUUGCCGUGUCAUAUGUAUACAUGCACACAUAUGACAAGGAUUAAGCACCUUUCAAAAUCUCUAGUGAAAACACUGCUGAUGUAUUGUGUCGUACUAUUCAGCACUCUCUGUAUGUAUGUACGUCAUAUGGCAAUUCUCCAUUAUGCCACUGCAUACGACCGUUAUCUAUAUGUACCGUGAUAUACUGCAGCAUGUGGCUGUCCCUGUAGGUCCGUGUGCACGUUCUGGAGGCCCGGAAGCUGCUGGGAGGACAGCUGAAUCCCAUUGUCAAGGUCGUCUGUGGGGCCACCAUCAAGGAGACCAGCUCCAGAAAAGGCACCAAUAAUCCUCUCUUUGACGAGAUGCUCUACUUCACCUUCAACGAGCGGCCGCAGGAAAUGUUUGACCGCGUGGUGGAGAUCAAAGUGCUCAACGCAAAGAAAGUCAUCCGCGAUGCUCUCAUCGGCUCCUUCAAGUUUGAUUUGGGUAUGGUUUACGAUGAGCCUGAGAAAAGUUUCAUUCACAAGUGGCUCCUCCUGACUGACCCCGAGGACCCCGCGGUGCAAAGGGAUACCUGAAGAUCAGUAUCAAUGUGAUAGGCCCGGGAGACGAUCCAAAACCUUCUCCCUCAACACUCACUCAGGAAUCAGUCGACAUUGAAUCGAAUUUGCUGCGUCCAUCAGGAGUUAGGCUUCAGUCAGGGACCCUCGCCAUAAAGAUCUACCGUGGAGAGGGAAGCACAGAUGGACCCCGGGUACUUCGAGGGUGUGAAGAAAGUCCUUCAUUUUGGAACGGUGCGGAAAGAACUCGUUGACCCGUACUGCACUGUCUCCUUUGCCGGCAAGAAAGGGAAGACUCCUGUUAUUUGGAAUGAACAGGAUCCCGAAUGGAACCACCAGAUUAGACUUGGCAUUCGGUUCCCAUCCAUGUGCGAGAGAAUGAGGUUCAGAAUAAAAGACAAGGAUAAAGUCGGAAACGACGAUUUCAUCGGGACCAAAUUCAUCAACAUGUCCCAGAUAUCGGUCGGAGGAGAAGAGGGGUUUCUGCCGACCUUUGGACCCUGCUUUGUCAACAUUUACGGGUCUCCGCGAGAGUUCACGGACUUUCCCGACAAGCACGACUACCUCAACAUGGGCGUGAUUGACGGAGUUGCGUACCGCGGUCGAGUGAUGGUUGAGGUGGACAUGACUCUAGGAGAGUUCCCGGCACACAAACAGGAGGCCAUCAAGGAAGCUGACAAGAAAUCCAUCCUGCCGUUCCUUCGUCGACGCAAGUACAAACUCUACGGAGCGUUCUUCUCGCAACCAUGAUCCACCCCAUCGACACACCCAUCGAGUUCGAAGUCAGCAUUGGUAACUACGGCAACAAGCUGGACACCAACGUCCCCGCCCAGUCGUCGACGACUCCGCCCAGCAACCCGCUGUUUGACGGACGUCAGUACCACUAUCUCCCGUGGUUUGAGCAGAAGCCGUGCGUCGUUGUGGACAGUCAGUGGGAGGACUGUACCUUCCGCAUCACCUCCAUGAACAUUCUCUACAGCAUGGCCGACAAACUGGAAACGGGGCUGGUGGAGGUGAAGAAGGAGAUGUCUGUGGAACUGUACGACAUUGACGCCAUCAAGAGCCAGUUGGGAGACGUUUUGGAUGACUUCAUCGGUGAUGUUAGUCAAGGUCUACCUCAGCUCCCAGACAAGGAGGUCACUAAACUGGACAGACUGAGACGUGGCGUUAGAGUCAAAGAACUGAAAGAGCUGGAGAGGGCGGCCAUCUACCUCCGCAACAGUCCGGUGAAGUUGGAGGACAUGGUGGACGAGUGUGAGGACUACAUCAACAGUCUGAGGAACCUGGCCAUCGAGCCGCAGCAGUGUAUCCCGGAUGUAAUAGUGUGGAUGUUGGCCGGCCGGAAGAGAGUUGCGUGCAUCAGAAUCCCGGCACACAAGCUGUUCUACGCCGACGGAAAGGGGCGUGGCCAGCUCUGCAGCAAAGUCCAGACUCUGUUCCUGGCCCCUCCCACGGUGGAAGAGGAUGAGGAUCUGGAAGACCUCAAGGACGGGGCUCAGGUGAGGAUGAUGCUGUGGCUGGAGAUGGAGAAAGAGAAGAGCCAUUUUGCAGAAGAAGUCAAACUCAUCGGAGGAGAUUUCGCCGUCUAUGCUGAAACUUACGAGAACGAGGCAUGCCUGCUGGGUCGCUGGGGGACCAUCGGACUGACGCGACCAAACUGGUCGGAUUCGCGAGGGAAGAUCAAGCAGUCCAUGGAUGCCUUCGACCCUCCGCCUCACGGGUGGUCCUGGGACGGCCCCUGGUUCCAACAACCUGAACUCAGUACUAUGUUUGACAUGGACGAGAGCCGCGACGAGUGGAUGGAGGAGAUCUACGAGAACCAGGCUCGCUACCCUCUCUCCAGCUGGCCCGACGAAAGCAAGUCGUACUGGACCAACGUGACGGGCGACGCCAUCAAAGAGAACGACGGGAAGGAGGAGAAGGAAGUGACAAAGGACCAGCUACAGUGCCCCGAGGGCUGGCUGUGGAAGAGCGACUGGCAGGUUGACAUUGGCCGAGCGGUCGACGACGAGGGGUGGGAGUAUGCCAUCGAGGCCGGCAUGGGCAACUGGGUCCCUUACGAGAGGAACGGGUACCUCUUCCGGCGACGGAGGUGGGUGCGGAUGAGGAUAAGGGACAAGAACGCCAAAGUCGUGCAGAAGAAGAAGCAAAAGAGAGAGGCGGCACUGAAGGAAGGUUGGGAGUACGCGAGGCUCGCACACCUCACCUACCACAUCACCAGACACCCACUCGACUUCGCUCGUCGACGUCGCUACCUCCGCAAGCUGACCGGCGACCCACGCCGUCCGGCCAUCUUCCACUUUAAAGGCAAAGAGAGGAAGAAAAAGAAGGACGAUGAUGACGAGGAGGUGGGGAACCAGCAGGUCCCGAGGAUCUUUGUGACAUUCAGUGCACCGGCCCACACCUACCAGCUGAGGGCCUACAUCUACCAGGCCAGAGACAUGUACGGCGGCGACAAAUCAGGACUUUCAGACCCGUACUGCCUGGUGUCGUUCCACACGUCAAGCGACCGAACGAGAGUAAUCUCGGAGACAGUCUGCCCCACCUGGGACCAAACCAUUCUUAUGAAGAGCAUCAGAAUCUUUGGCGACACCAGCAAAGUCGUCGAGUCUCCUCCGCCCAUCAUCAUAGAGUUCAUGGACAAAGACACUGUGGGUCGUGAUGAGUUCAUAGGUCGUACGGAGGUCCGCCCGGUUAUCCGGCUCUCUCUGGACACGCCCGGACCACGCCUCGACUGGUUCCCCAUCGUCAGAUACAACAAGUAUGGCGGAGAGCUCCUCGCCGCUUUCGAACUGCUACUGGACGAGGGUAACGAGUUGCCGUUCACUCCACCCACUGCCUCCCCACCUCACACCCACUACAUUGUACCCAGCGGAAUACGGCCAAUCCUUCAGAAGAACAGAGUCGAGAUCCUGUGUUGGGGAGUCAGGGACAUGAAGAGGUUCCAGCUGCUCCCGGUCAUGUCCCCUCUCGUGGAGUUUGAGUGUGGAGGCGUGGCCGUCAAGUCGAAGCCAAUCAAAAACACGAAAAGCAACCCGAAUUUCCCGGACCCCGUCCUCUCCUUCGAUGUGCUGCUGCCCAAGGAGGAGUUGUAUGCCCCGCCCCUCAACAUCCGUGUGAUGGACAAACGUAGUUUUGGCCGCUGCCCGCUGGUCGGCACUCAUGUCGUCAAGUGCAUGAGGUCAUUCAUCGUCGAACCCAAACCCUCUCAGUCCCACAAGCUUGCCGUUGCCGUGGCGCACAAGGUGGCCACGCCCACCCCCUCCAUCUACGAGGGAGAGGUGACCGUUGUUGUGGAGGAUGUCAAGGAGGCCCUGGAUUCCGAUCCAGACAGCCAGAAGAAGGUGGAGUUUGACUGGUGGUCAAAGUAUUACUACUCCAUUGACGACCCGCGACGUACACAGCAAGAGUACAUCGACGAGGGCUACGACAAGAUGAAGAUCUACCCCAAUGAUCUGGAGGAGUCGUUCAACAAGUUUGAGGACCUGGCCCAGACCUUCCAUCUCUACCGUGGGAAGGGAUCCAGAGACCCAGAGGAGCUGGCGGGAGAGUCAGUCGGCCUCCUCAAGGGGUCACUGAAGGUGUACCCACUGCCCGACGACGGGUCCAAGGAGCCGCCACCCGUCUUCUCCAAGACCAUCAACACCAAACCUGUCGAGUGUGUCGUCAGAUUAUACGUCAUUCGAGCUGUCGACCUAAUGGCUCAAGACCCUGAUGGAAAGUCGGACCCCUACAUCAAGGUGAAGGUCGGGAAGGGUGGAAAAGGCAAGAAGAUCGCCGACAAGGACGGCUACAUUCCUUCAAACCUCAACCCCAUAUUUGGCAAGAUGUUUGAGCUGAAAGCUCACCUCCCCAUUGACCACACGCUGACGGUGACAGUCAUGGACUGGGACAGGUUCUCAGCCGAUGACCUCAUCGGGGAGACCAAGAUCGACCUGGAGAACCGGUUCAUCUCCCGCCACCGCGCCACCUGCGGCCUCCCCGACACAUUUUGCAAACGAGGGGUGAACAAGUGGAGGGAUCGAGAACUACCGAUUCAGAUCCUGGAGGACUGGUGUAAGAUGAUGGACUUUAACCCUCCGGAGUGGUCUCCCGACAAAAAGAAGGUCGUCAUAAACCACACCGAGUACUCUCUGGAUCGAUAUGAGCACGAUCGCCCGUUGCCGGAAGACGAUCUUGGAGACAAGGAGCAGCGGCUGGCACUCUACGUCAUCAAGGAAAAGUGCAACUUUGUUCCGGAGCACAUUGAGGAGCGAACUCUCUACAACCCCAUCAUUCCACACAUUUCUAUGGGGACACUGCACAUGUGGGUUGACAUCUUCCCCAAGGAGGGUGCCCUACCCCCGCCAGUCGACAUCUCUCCUCGCAAACCUGACAAGUUUGUCCUCCGAGUCGUGGUGUUCAACACCAAGGACGUUCUCCUGGACGAGAUAUCAGUCGUCACCGGCGACGCCAUGAGCGAUAUCUACGUGAAGGGCUGGAUCCGUGGCCAGGACGACACACAGAAGACCGACGUCCACUACAGGUCCAUGGACGGAGAGGGCAACUUCAACUGGAGGAUGGUGUUUCCCUUCGAAUACCUGCCUCCCGAGCAGGUCAUAGUCAUCAAGAAGAAGCAGCACUUUUACAGUCUGACCAAGACGGAGGUCCACGUGGCUCCCCGCCUCACUCUCCAAGUGUGGGACAACGACCUCUUCAGUCCCGACGAUUUCAUCGGCACCAUUGACUUCAACCUGAUACAGAUCCCUGAGCCGGUGCAGGAAGCGAUCGACUGCUCUGUGGACCAGCUGCCUCCCGAGGAAGAGGUCGACGACGACAUACCGGGAACUGUCGAGGCCGCAAAGAAACGCAAGGCCUCCUCCGACAUCACUGGUGCUCGACCUCUUCCACAAGAAGAGAGUGAAGGGCUGGUGGCCGGUGUUCACUUCCGAGGAGGGAGAGAGAGAACUUACUGUAUGUCAAAAAUGCUCUAUAAUAUAGUAAUGUGAGAUGAUGAGUCACAUCUUAACAGUAGUCUAACUCUUCGUUUUCCCACAUCAAACCUUUUCUUAGUGACUUUUCCACUGAAUUGAGUAUAAUACACAGUCUUUAUCUCAUGCGUGUGUCUUUCUCCUCUCUCUCUCUCUCCUGCCCAGGGCAAGCUGGAGCUGGAGAUUGAAAUUCUUACUGAGGAAGAGGCACUGUUGAAGCCGGCGGCCAAGGCCAGAGACGAACCGAACCUGAACCCCCAUCUGGAUGAGCCCAACCGCCCGGCCACCUCCUUCCUCUGGUUCACGUCUCCGCUGAAGACCUUCAAACACAUCAUCUGGAAGCACUACAAGUGGCACAUCAUUGGGGGCGUGGUCAUCGUCCUGCUGGUGGUCCUCUUGGUCAUCUUCAUCUACACUGCUCCAUCGACUUUCAUGAACUGGAUCACGAGUCGCCUGCUUCCAGUGUGAUGCGAGGCCGCCCUUCCCACCACUUGUGCAGCAGGACCUUCUGUGUGUGUUUAGGACUCUUUAGUUUUUGACACUCUCAAUAAUGAACAUCUGAUUUUUUCCUGAUAGUGUGGAAUCAUACUGUAUGUAAGUGUAAAUUGGAAUAAUAAAUAGUGUUCAUUUGCUUCCCGGACUCUUGUACGCUGUGCUGCCUACCAAUGUUUGUGGGACUGCUAACCCCCUGGUCCUGUCCAUUCGGCUUGGGUUUUGGAGGAAGAAGUGACAUGUGAAGCCGUACUCCCGAAAAAACC